ACACAGCUAGCUGCAAACCACUUUACUCAGUAUCUAUUCGCGUCCCAUUUCUACAGCAGGAUGUGUUCAGUUUUACUAGUUGUCGUUGCGAUUAUAUAUUGUCCUUUUCCGUUACUUUGUGACAGUGAUCGUGAAGUCAAUGUUAACGCACAGAUUGAUCAGAUGCUCGUAGACUUGCGGAACUCGAUCAUUUACGACGGGACAGACAUUUUUCCACUGGAUGAUUAUGAGGACAAAUUUGAGAAGAGAGUGUCAAGGUGGAUUAAAGCUAAGGGAAAUUUCAAAGCUACCGGGGGGAGUGUCAGAUAUCUUUCAUCGGUGAAGAGGACGGGAGAUGCUACUCUAUCUUCGACACCGACCAGCGCCACCUUCACACUCCACUUGGGUCUUGGCCAGAUGGAAGUCUACUUCGAUCACUACACAGCAACCUUCCUGAGCGCGAGAGUGUCUGGAGACGUCCUUAUAACUGUCCGGAGAUUCUCCAUGAUGCUCGUUAUAACCUUACAACUGAAUGAUGACAACUGCAAGGCGGUCCUGGACACAUCAAAGGUUGAAUAUCUCGAUGGUAUAGAACUGGAAAUAUCUGGCCUGGGCCCUCUUAACUGGUUAUUUGAGAAGAUAUCGGAGUUACUGGUAAUCAGAUUUAUGGACGAUUUACAACGUCGGUUAGAGGAGAAGUUAACUAAAAGGCUCUAUAAAAUUAUGAACAAACACUAUAUAUGUGACAUCGCCUACUAUUUCUAAUUACUAAAAGUAGACAUGCACAGAAAAAAGUAUAUUUAUAUUUUUAAUAACUAAAUAUAAUGAUGUCUAUAACCCAGAA